GUUUUCCCUUCGAACGAGACUAUAAAACAUCGCUGCCUCUCCUCCUUUGAAUCUCGCCCAGCCCGCUUUUAUCGGAAUGCCCUCAUCUCCGACCAAGAGUGACUUGAUAUCUAUUGCCCGUGCCAUCAUUAUUCGUACAUAAUCAUCUUUCAGGCCACCUACCCAUCAGUACUGCCACACUUCCCGCUUGGAUAGUCCCGUCACGCCUCUUCUCAUAAUCAUCCACCUCGUCGAGCGUGCGAUCAUGCUUUCUUACGAUGCUCCCAGCCAAGGGCCGGUUUCCUCAUCUGGCCUUUCAUCUAGUAUAAAUGGAGCGCCUGCAUCAAAGACCCAGGCUAUCUCAGCCCAGGCCAACGGUUCUUCGGCUCCCAAGCAUCAUCACAUCUGGCUCGUCACAGGACCGGCUGGAUGCGGAAAGUCGACUGUCGCUGAACACUUGGCGCAAUCACUAAACAUGCCCUUCAUCGAGGGUGACUCGUUUCACCCACAGUCGAAUAUCGAGAAGAUGUCCAACGGCAUCCCCCUGACCGAUGCCGAUCGCUGGGACUGGCUGACGAUCCUCCGCGAAGAGUCCCGCAAACGGCUGGCCUCCGGCUCGGACGGCGUGGUCCUGACAUGCUCGGCACUGAAACGCAAGUACCGCGACGUCAUCCGGGUCGCCGGAUACUACGACCACUCGCUGCUCAUCCACUUCAUUUUCCUUCACGCCCCCGAGACCGUCCUCCUAGAACGUGUGCAGGCGCGCAAGAACCACUACAUGGGUGCCGACAUGGUCUCGAGUCAAUUCAGCAUCCUGGAGCUUCCUCAACAGGACGAGAAGGACGUCAUCACCAUCGAUGUUAGCCGAUCGGUCGAAGCCGUCAAGCGGGACGCCUUGUCCCGAGUUACACACAUGAUGAAGGGGGAUGAAGAGGACUAAGGUGGCCCGGGUCCCUUGGGAGCGCGCGAUCAUUUCCCCUCAAGUUUUUUUUUCUUCUUUUUUUCCCCUCCUUUUCUUCUCUUUUCCGUUCUGUCAUUUAUGGGAGUUGGUGGGCAAAAGGGCGAAUGGGCAUAGUGUGAUAUUGCACGAUAGGGUACGGCAAGGCUCCGGAUUUAAGGUCUUUUUUUUUUUUGGCCAGGCGUUAUUCACGGGGACAUCAGAGGCUU